CGGAACGAAACUCUGAUGUUUUUUGUUCCUUCUGGACUAUAAAGCCGAGGUACAGGCGGUUUCCUUAAAAACAUGGCUUCCCGAAGACAGUCUGCAGCGCCAAGUACCUUUAAAAACACUUCUACCGAUGCAAAAAGUUCGAAAAGUGUCAGUAAUGGAGGUAAAGCCAACAACAAUGCAGCUGGGAAGAAAACUGUUAAAUCGAGUGGGACUAUUGUCAAGUCUCGAUAUUUACAAUCAGCUGAAAAGACGUCUCUCUCAAAGAGUAACUCGCUGACCAAUGAGUCGACUGCUUUGCCUCAACGGCCUUCCUCACCCAAACCCACCGCUGUCAAACCAAAGGUGGGCACACCAACAAGGCGUUCAUUGACCCCAAAGGCACUGGCAGAGACAACGUUUUCACGUAAAACUGAUCCAUCCCUCCUUGGUAAAAGUGUCCUGCAGUCCACUUUUACAGAUGGCCACUGUCUUCGACCAGAUUUUGAUAUUUCAGUCAUUAAAGAUAAAACUGUGGUUGAGAAUGCAAAGGAGCCUGAGAGAAAUCCAGAGAAUGAGAAGAGGAGUGUAGAAAUGCAAACAUUUCUACUGGCUUAUCUUUCAGCUAAGAUGGAGAGUAACACUGCAAAAUUCAAAGCUGAGGCAGAGGCAAAGCUCCUUCAAAAGAUGGAUGAAGAACAGAGACUUCAUAGUAAUGUUAAGGAGAAGAAGCGGCAAUAUGUUCUGAUGGAGAAGAAAAAACAGCUGAAUGAGCUCUUGGACUCGCAGAUUGAUAUGCUGACGCCUGUGGCCGAGGCAGCCAACCAGUUCACAAAGGACUACAAGUGUUUUGCGACAUCUGUCGACAGCACCCGUCAUGAGCUGCCUGUCAAGAACUUCUACAUAAAUGGGGAUGGAAGGCAAUUUCUAGAUAAAGCUGAGGCUUGCCUAAAAGAAACUGAGAUGCUGCUACAAGAGUGCACACAGGGAGAUCAUGUGGACAACAGCACAUCUUUAGAAUGCCUUAAAGAAAUAAAAACAAUAUCAAAGGACAUCAGUAAGCAGCUUUCAGGAACAUGUUCAGAGCUUUUGGAGCUGUCAUCGUUGAUCUGCCGUCAUUCAGUCCAGGUUCAGCAAGCAAUCGAGGAAGAGCACCUUGGGAGUUCGAAAACCCUUCAGCUGUUUUGUCCCAAACAGUGAAGAAUACCAUACAGGAUGGGAUACGCAGUACAUGCACUUUGGAGUACACCUCAGUCCCUGUAUUAAUUUUCUAAUUUUAAACGCUUAAAAACCUUUUGUGUCUUUUUCUAUUGUGUAUUCUGUCUGACUUUGCUGUAAUUGUGUUAUAAUUUGUUCUGCUCACUAACAACUCAUGCAUUUUUACAGAUUGAGUGUUUUUAGUAAAUAGUGAAAACAAUAAAUAUGCAUUAAAAACGUAAUUCAAUUUAAAAUUGUAAUACAAUCAAUAAAAUAAUUUCACUUAUCAA